ACGUUAUUCCAUUUUGUUAUCUUUGUUUUUUGCAACACCAUUUGUUCGACCUCCUUGUACUCCAUUGCUUUGCUUUAUCUGAAUUUCUUCUUCUCACCCUACAAUAUUAGGGAAAAUAGCAUAUUUUUCUAACUAUAAACUCUGUAUGAUUGUGUAUUUGUUUUCUCUUUACCCUCACACUAAUUAUCUGCAUCGACAAGCUUUUAGUUCUGGGUUUUGCAUCUUUCAUAGGAUUUAUCAUUUAUCCAAUUAGGUUGCUUGAUCGAUUAAAUUUCGCAUUUUACUUAUAUUAUAAAGGAUUUUGCUGCUAUUGUAGCUCUCUGAAACUCUGAAGUUUGAUAAAUAUAUUACCUUCUAUUAUCCGAUCAAUCUAACUGGGGAGAAAGAUGUUUUGUAUUGAUUCUGGAUAUGAUCAUGUGAAUCACCAUUAUGCUGGCAACUGUUAUUACUCCCUAUAACAUGAGGUGACUUGGAGAUGGCAGAGUUACCCGGAUAUGUACGUUCCUGUUUGAACACAGGGAAGCUUGCUUUUUUGGCAAUUUUGGUCGCUGGAGGAAUCGUCUUGCAAAUUUUGGCAUGUGCCUUGUAUAAUAAUUGGUGGCCGUUGCUAAGUGCGAUAACUUAUGUGGUUCUUCCAAUGCCUUUGCUGUUCUUUGCGGGGUCUGAUGGUUCUUCUAUAUUUUCUGAAUCUGAUAAUAGCUGGGUGGAUUUAGCCAAGUUCUUGACCGGAGCCUCAACUGUAGGAAGCAUUGCCAUUCCGUGCAUAUUAAAGCAUUCCGGGGUUAUUGGUUGGGGAGCCUUUGCAAUGGAACUCUCUUCCUUCUUUGUGUUUGUAUUAGCCAUAAUGUGUUACAUGUGGAUGAGUGAUGAAGAUGAUUACAGUACGCUAUGAGAUGAGAGUUUGGUGGUUCUUGCUUCGUAAGUGUAAAAAUGGAUUUAUUCCUUUUGUACUUUUACAAUAGCCGCGGCAAAAUUUCGUGACCAAAUUACAAAAAAGAUCCAUGAAGAGCUUGGUGUUUAUUAUUAUUAUUUUUAUUAAAGUAAAGGCGUUAAAGAGAUAUGCCUAUACCUGUUAGAUGAAUUAAGUCGCUGGAACGCUAGAACGCUAGUUUCUAUCGAAGUUUUGAUCACUUUGAUCAAUAUGCCUAUACUUGUUAGAUGAAUUAAGUAAGUUUGAUCUUCAUAAUUUUAAGCUUUCCCUUAAGGGAGGGGAAGGAAGCGAGCACCUGCGGCUUGGUCCGGGAACUGGCAG